AUGGGAAACAAAUGCAGUGAGCCCUGUGAUAACCUCAGCUUACUACCAGAGUUUUCAAGUUGCAUCACGGGGGAAACUGGUAUAAGAGAGGGGACCGGCUUCCGGUCCAGGUCGGGGCAAAAUGGCACUGGCCGCAGUGUUGCCGGCUCUGACGCGGGAGAGGUCGACAGCCUCAGGACGCCCCAGCCUCUGUUGUCUUUCCAGAUACCUGGCACGAUUGCACGCCGCAUCUACGGCCUCUCUUUCUUUUCCGUAUGCUUGCUCUGUCAAGGCAGCACCUCGUGUCUCCUUUUCUACAGAGGUGACAGCCUGUCAGAUUCCCAGAAGGAUAUGAUUGAAAUCCCUCUGCCUCUGUGGCAGGAGCGAACUGAUGAGCCCAUAGAGACCAGAAGAGCCCGCCUGCUGUAUGAGAGCCGGAAGGGGGGGAUGCUGGAGAACUGCAUCCUGCUCAGCCUCUUUGAUAAAGAAUAUCUGCAUCAAAUGACAGAGAAACAGCUGGACCUGUACGAUCGCCUGAUUAACGAGCCCAUUAAUGACUGGGAUAUUUACCACUGGGCUACAGAAGCAAAACCGGCGCCAGAAAUAUUUGAAAACGUAAUCCUGGCGCUGCUGAGAGACUUCGCUAAAAACAAAAACAAGGAGCAGCGGCUGCACGCCCCGGACCUCGAGUACCUCUUCGAAAAGCCCCGGUGAGCGGUGAGUGCGCCCGGCCUGCGCGGAGCUCACCCACGGGCCUCACUGCUGCUGCCGGGCUGGCGCCCCUGCCCCUUUCCCUUCCCCUCAGCUCACUGCACCUGCCCUGCCCGGGGAGGGCCACCUCUCCAGGACAUGAAAUGUUCAGGUCUCACGCUAGCACUGCUUGUUCAGUACUAGGCGCAGUUUAGAAGCGUGACACACAUGGAAUUGCCUUUAAAACGGCGACUCGCCUGCAACCACCAAUGCUGAGUUUACUUUCACUGGUGUUUCUGAAGUCAGGUGUUUAAAAAGAAGCAGAUUUUGUGUUAUUACAUAAAUGUGUAUCCAUUUUACCUACAGAAAACAGUGAAUAAAGAAAAACAAUA